AUGGAUCCGAUGAUUGAUUUGCCCAACACCAGACGAGACACCAAACACUCGCCAGUCGCCAUUGCCCAAGCCCGACUAGUCGCAAAAUGCCUGUCGCCGCGGUGCCGAGCUCGGGUGAGCAGGUCAGAGGUGCACCGGCACCGCAUUUGGUCUUCGUCCCGAGCGCCGGCAUGGGCCACAUCCAGCCUUUCUGCCGCUUCAUUACCGCCCUCGCCAACAUGGGCGUGGAAAUCUCAGUCGUGACCGCUCUCCCGACCGUCACGGAGGCGGAGGCCGACCACUUCGCCGGCCUCUUCGCUGCCUUCCCCGCCAUCCGACGCAUUGACUUCAACCUCCUGCCGUUGGACGACGCCACCGUCGCCGAGACUGACCCCUUCUUCCUACGGUGGGAGGCCCUGCGCCGCUCAGCCCAUCUCCUCGGCCCACUCAUCGCCGGCGCCGCGCCGCGCGCGUCAGCCAUCGUCACGGAUGUCACCCUGGCUUCCCACGUCAUCCCCGUGGCCAAGAACGAGCUGCAGAUUCCAUGCCACAUACUCUUCAUCUCCUGCACAACCAUGCUGUCCUUCCUCGCCUACUUCCCCGCCUACCUCGACAGCGCCAACGCGGACCACCUCGUCGGCGACGUCGACGUGCCCGGCAUUGGACGCGUCCCGGUGGAUUACCCCCCGCAGUUGCUGCGCGACCCCGACAGCCUCUUCACCAAGCAGUUCAUUGACAACGGCCGCGAGAUCGCCAGAGCAGACGGCCUUCUCGUCAACACGUUCGACGCUUUGGAGCCGGAGGUGCUGGCUGCCCUGCGAGGCGGCAAGGUUGUUCCCGGGUUCCCUCCGGUAUACGCAGUCGGCCUCCUCAAUCUCAUGUCCACGACCACGGCGGCGAGAGGCGAUAAGGUGGUAGAGCCGGUACAUGGCGCCUCGCCUAUUAUUGGAUGGCUCGGGGAGCAGCCAGCGCGGUCGGUGGUCUACGUCGCCUUCGGCAGCCGUAUAGCGGCAGCGCUGGAACAGAUCCGUGAGAUCGGCGCCGGGCUGGAGGCCAGCGGCUGCCGGUUCCUGUGGGUGGUGAAGACCACGGUGGUGGAUCGGCAGGACACGGCAGAGCUGGGCGACGUGGUGGGCAAUGGGUUCUUGGGGCGCGUGCAGGGGCGCGGCCUCGUGACCAAGGAGUGGGUGGACCAGGAGGCGGUCCUGAGGCACCCGGCGGUGGGGCUGUUCAUAAGCCACUCCGGGUGGAACUCGGUGACAGAGUCGGCCACGCACGGCGUGCCGAUCCUGGCAUGGCCGAUGCUGGGUGACCAGCGCCUGAUCGCGACGGUGGUAAGGAGCGGCGGCUUCGGGCUGUGGAUGGAGCACUGGACCUGGGAGAAGGAGGAGUCGAUCGUGACCGGGGCAGAGAUUGCGGAGAAGGUGAAGGAGGUGAUGGGCGACGAGGCGAUUUCGGCAAGGGUGGCGGAGGUCCGCGAGGAGGCCAUCAAGGCCGUCGCCCCAGGCGGCUCCACCCAUCGCAGCAUCCAGCAGUUUCUUUCCACGCUCAACUGACGUAGUUCGUUUGAGGGCUGCUUCAGGCAGACUUCCUCCUACUCCUUGUGUCAAUUAUAUUUUCGUACGUAAGCGUGAAGGUGACUCGCAUGCUGAAGCUCACGGAUUACUUCUGCCAGCCCACUUUAUAAUAAAGUACCAUCACCUUGCUUUGCUUUGUUUGUAAUAACAAUUCUCUCGUUCAGAGGGUUUGAAAUGACCGCUCUCGGUCUCGCUCUCGCGCACGCAACCUGCCUCGCCCCAUCCACCUACCACCGUAGCCACCAGAUCCGGUAGAUCCCGCCGACGAAUCCCGCACGCCGGCGCACCGCGGCUUUCUCGUCGGUCGCGCGGACUUCUCCCCCUCGCCCGUUGGUCGCGUUGACUUCUUCCCCUCGCCCGUUGGCUCGCCAUGGAGAGGAGGGAGAGAGGGGCGCGGUACGACGGGGAAGAAAUGGCGGAGGAGAUGCAUCGCGCGCGUAUGAGGAGGACGAUGCGGCUUCCUUCCAGGGGGGACUCGAAGAUCAAGCUAGUCACGCGGAUCUGCGUGGAGGCGCCGGAGGAAGAGAUGGAGCGGAAGAUGGUGGGGGAAGAGAUUUCACCGGAGGAGGUGAUUGUGUGGGCGCGCGCGGAGAUGAUCUCGCCGUCGCCGGCGAGCAGAGCCAAGUGGAGAGCGUUCUGGUCUCUCCAGCCCUCUCUCCCAUGAGCUUAGUCAGGGAGAUUUCGAAUCCUCCACGCCUCCAGCUAUCUGCCUGGGACCUUGGUACGCCGCUCAAGUGAGCGGCUGACCCUGGGUCUCGUGCGACGCCAGAUGGGGUGGAUCUCCGACAACACACAGUUGGGAUGCGGCUGAGCAAGGCCUCGCCGGAGAAGAUGCUGGUUGCCAAGGUCGGAGAGAUACUCUGUUUUGCGGGAGGGACGCCGUGCAAGGCCCCACACGUCAGUGAGAGAGUAUGGAGGAGGUGUGACCCGAGUCAAAAGGCGGGGGAGCGUGCUGAGGUGGAGCAGCCACGUGAGGAAGAAGGAGAUGCCGUCAGGGCCUACUUUGGGCAGCUGUGGGGAGGGGACGCGUCCACAAACCCUAAUCCCCCCUCAGUCCUAGUCUGGAUCGAGAAGUCCCUCCUCCGCCGCCGCUCCUUCACCGUUGCAGACUGCCACCCUGCCUACGAUCAAGAUCAACACCGCCUCUCAGUGCCCACUAUUUCAAUUUCUGCAAGUGAGUGGAGAGGGGAGCAGCCCAACUUCUCGGAUCUGAUCGAGAUGGCUGAUGCUCAGGGCCGUGGUCGUGGGCGAGGCAGACGCGACCUGAAUAGGAAUCAGAGGGGAGGCGAUGGCCAUCUUGACCAAGCUGAUCAUGGAGGGAGCGGGCAGAACUAGUGGGCGCAGCAGCAGUUUGGCCCCCCGCAGCAGCAAUUCCCCUUCGGAUUUGGCUUUCAAGGUGCCCCUCCCCCAUGGUACCAGGGGCCGUUCUUGCAGCCGCCUCCGAUGAUGAACCAGUGGGGAGCGCCAGGCAGUUGGGGACCUAAUCAGAUGCAGAAUCAACAGCUGCAACAGCAGGGGGAGGCACCGGUCUGCAAUUCCAAGGGCAAGCACCGCCCCAGAUGCAGAUGCAAGGGAAUCAGGGGCAAACUACCUUGAUGCAGUCAGUAGUAGAGAACAACAGAGAAAACAACAAUCAGACUCAGCAGCAAAAGAAGAAGCAACCACAGAACAAAAACAAGAAUAUCAACAAGGCCAAGGAUUCUUCUGGAGGUGACUACAGUGGUGUUACCUGCUACACAUGUGGAGAGCCUGGGCAUCAUAAGGCCUAGUGCCCCAACCCCCCCUCAUGUUUCAUCUGCAAGAUGGUGACACACAAAGUAGAUGACUAUCCAGUUAGAAAGAAGCCUAGGAAUUGUGCUAAGUAUGUGGGCAGUGCAGCUUCAAGUUUAGGUUUCUUCAAAAUUGAUGUCCCAGAUGUCAAUGAGCAACAUGUAGGAAACAAGAAAAAUGUGGGGAUUGUUUACAUAGAAGCUGGGCAGGUCACUAAGGAAGAACUAGCCCAUAACUUCUCUGUCAUAUACAAAACCAAUUGGCCAUGGCACAUCAGGAUACUAGACAGCUGGACUUUUCUAGUCAAAUUCCCCCCUCAUACCCCUGUAGCAACAGUUGCUGGCUACCCCAACUUUGGACUGCCUGAGAUUGAUGGAGUUUCAGUCAAUGUUGAGGUGUGGAAAGGAGAGAUGGAAUUUCAUGCAGAACUCCAGUCUGUUUGGCUUCAGUUAAGAGGAGUGGCUCCAGCCUGGGCAGAAUGGUCAGUUUUAGAGCAAAUUGCCUCUGUUUUGGGCUCUUUGAUUGAUGUGGACUGGCAGGGAAACUUCAAAUCUUUCUUUGAGGUGGUUAGAAUCAAAAUCAUAUGCAAAGACUUUACCAAAAUUCCUACUGAAAGAAUCUUUGGAAUAGAAGACAAGCUGUAUAAGAUCAAGAUUGUUGUGGAACCACCAGUGGAUGACCUCGAUCAGGAUGAUCUUCUGGAUGAAGACACUGAGAAGAGUAAAGAAAAAGAAUCAUUGAACAAUGCCAACAGUGAUGAUGGGGCUGGAGGCUCUCAUCACACUGCAAAAAAUUCCUCAUCUCAGUCUGGGGGAAAUAGUUCUACCUCUGGAACUCCUCACCAAACUAAGCAAAAUGUGCUAGCCUACUUACAGCAACUCCAGGACCCCAUUUCCUUAGAUGAAAGCUUCAAAAUGCUGCAAGAGAUUGAGAUUGGAGAUGAUGAGGAGGAGGAUAACAUCAACUUGCUAGAGGACCAGGCUGAGGUGGUAGUGGAGAAUGAAUCCCUGAAGGAAGUGGUUUUCAGUCCAGGUCUUACCACAAACACAACUCAUGCCCCACCCAUCCUUCAAAAAUGGGGGCCAGUCCAGGCACAGAAAAAGAGCUCCAGAAUUGACAUUGGUGAGAGAACAAUCAUGGAGAUUGCCAUGGGGUCAAAGAAGGUCCAGAACCUAGAAGAGCCUAAAGUCUGGUCUGAUGUUAAACAGAACUGGUGGCUGAUCUGGAGGACCCUCAAGAGGUGGAUGAUUCUGUACACCAAGGACUCGCUCGAGAAAAUGCAGGAGAUACUACAUUGGAUAUCCUGCAUACUCAAAAGCCCGCUCCAAUUGACUUUGGGGUGAAAAGGAACUUGAUGGGCGCUGGAGGUGCCACCCAUGCCUCUUUCUACUCCAAGCUUGAUUUUGGGGCUUGUAAAGAUGGGUUCCAGAGUCCAGACUCUUCAAAGCCGAGUGAUCCACCAUCAAAAAUGGCGGUUCAGGCGAUUUCGAGCCCUGCAUCACCUCUCGACUGGUCUGGCACACCAACUCAACCCCUCAAGAAGAUGAAAGGGGGGCUCGUGGAGCAUAUCAAGGAGGUCCGCAAGAUGCUCGUUGCAGAAGACAUGAGGAUUCUAGCUGAUGCAGGAGGAAUGCGGAUCACUUUGCUGUAGUGUUCUCAUCGGUUUUAGUUCAGAGUCAAGAACGUUGGAUCCCUAAUCCUGUAUUAGCCUGCAGGCCUUUUUUACCCUGUACUGUUUUAGUUUUUGAUCUUUCAGAACAUGCGUUUGAGGCAUGCUUGGGUA